AUGUCCCCAAACCAAUACAAGUUCAGUGUCCAGAUGGGAUGCGCCGGCUGCUCCGGUGUCCUUGAAGAUGCUCUCAAAGGUGUAGAUGGUAUCGAAUCUUUUGAGGUCAGCCUCGAGCACGAGACUAUUCUAGUCAAUGCCAACUCCUCGCUGUCAUAUGAGGUUGUUCUUGCCAUUCUCAAGGAGACAGGGAAACCUGUCCACAGCGGUGAAGCGAACGGUCAAGUGCGGGACGUUUGA